AGGUCUAGUCUUGCGUAAGCUAACUGGAAUUUAUUGUGAUUUGAGCUUGUUCUUCAUUAAUUCAUAAAUGUCUGGUGGUGCAUAUUUGUUGCAAGAUGUCUGUUAAAUACGGUCGGUCGUAUUCCCUUGUCAGGACAUUUCGUUGUUUGUCUUGUGCUCAACGAACACUUCCAGCUGGAGCGCACACUGCUUCUAGCGGAACGUCGGACUCUCCCCAUGCCCUAGCUUCAGCGGCCGUGAUUCACCCUGUCCGGUGUCGAACAUUUUCAUUCGCUGCCAAUUUUGGAGCUUGCCAACAACAACGUCGACAAUCAUUAACUUUAUCACCUUCAUCUGGGAUUUGUCGUAGCUUUUCAGAUAAGGAUGACAAGAAUGUUAGAGCACUGUUCAUCCCUGUUCCUGUAAAAACUGCAAAUAACCCUGAUGACAUAAAUAUCGGCGAAGAACUUGGGGCAAACUUGAAGAACAAGAAAGAUGAGUUGAUGAAGAUUCUCAUCAAGUUUUCCAAAAGGCCUGCCAUUCAGAAGCUUGCAGAAGAAGAAGGAUUGGAUGAUAAUCUCUUCCAUCAAAGCUUUAUAAGCUUCAGGAAAUACAUCCUGGAGGUGGAAUCUUUGGAGCCUGAUUUGCAUAUAGUUCUGAGUGACAUUCUAGUAGGGGCGGGGCAUAUAGAUGACAUCUUCCCGUACUUCAUACGCCACGCCCGUCAGAUCUUCCCCGCCCUGGACUGCAUGGAAGACCUGAAGAAGAUUAGUGACCUUACUGACCCAGCACAGUGGUAUCCAGAAGCAAGAGCCAUUGAUAGGAAGAUCAUAUUCCAUGCAGGACCUACCAACAGUGGUAAGACCUACCAUGCAUUAGAGAGCUACAGCCAAGCUAAGUCUGGGGUCUACUGUGGCCCGCUAAAGCUGCUGGCCAGUGAGGUGCACAAAAAGACAAAUGAAAGGGGUAUCAUGUGUGACUUGGUGACAGGAGAGGAGAGGAAGUACGCUCACCCAGAUUCGAUACCCUCAUCUCAUGUAGCGUGUACGGUCGAAAUGACAAGUGUCUCUCAACCAUAUGAGGUAGCAGUAAUUGAUGAGAUACAGAUGCUGAGAGAUCCAUCCAGGGGUUGGGCCUGGACAAGAGCUUUACUAGGAGUGAAUGCCAAAGAGAUUCAUCUGUGCGGAGAGCAAGCUGCCAUCGAUCUUGUCAAACAGCUCACUCUAUCGACGGGUGAUGAGCUUGAGAUACGAGAAUACAAGCGACUGACACCACUCCAGAUCCUGGAUCAACCAUUAGAUAACCUUGAGAAUGUGAGACCAGGCGACUGCAUCGUUGCGUUCAGUAAGAAUGACUUGUAUUCUAUAAGCAGACAGCUAGAAGCCAUGGGAAAGGAAUGUGCGGUCAUUUAUGGAUCUCUACCCCCAGGUGCCAAACUGAGUCAAGCAGCAAAGUUCAAUGACCCUGAUGAUCCUUGUAAGAUUCUGGUUGCUACUGAUGCUAUUGGCAUGGGGCUCAAUCUGAGUAUCAAGAGAGUAAUCUUUAAGAGUCUCAUCAGGCCAUACAUCAAUGAGAAAGGAGAGAAAGAGAUGCACAGACUUACUACUUCACAGGCACUCCAGAUAGCAGGUAGAGCAGGGAGGUUUCGCACUCAGUUUGAGGAGGGGGAAGCUACUACCUUCCAUGGCGAUGAUUUACCCCUCCUCAAGGAGAUUCUAGCCAAUCCUGUGGAGAAGAUAGAAGCUGGAGGUCUCCACCCGACAGCUGAACAGAUCGAACUGUUUGCUUAUCAUCUUCCUGAUGCAACCCUAUCAAAUCUCAUUGAAAUCUUCAUCAAUUUGUCCAUAGUAGAGAAGAAUUACUUUGUAUGUAAUGUGGAUGACUUCAAGUUCUUGGCUGACAUGAUUCAACACGUUCCCCUUCAUCUACGUGCCAGAUACGUCUUCUGCUGUGCCCCCAUCAACAGGAAACUUCCUUUCAUCUGUACUAUGUUCCUCAAGUUUGCCAGGCAGUAUAGUAGGAAUCAACCCAUCACAUUUGACUGGUUCUGUCGUUCUGUUGGAUGGCCUCUUGCAGUCCCUAAGAACAUCCGUGAUCUGAUGCAUCUAGAAGCAGUGCAUGAUGUCAUGGAUCUCUACCUAUGGCUAAGCUAUCGAUUCAUGGACAUGUUUCCUGACACGGCCCUCAUACAGGAUGUACAAGCAGAGCUGGAUCAUAUCAUUCAGAUGGGGGUCAUCAACAUCACCAAGCUGAUCAGGGCCAGUGAGACCAGGUCUAACGGGAUGACAUCCAUCCCGGAUCCUGAUAUAGAACAGAAGAAGAGCCAUGGAAAGAUAGGAGAUGUGACUGCGUCAAAGGACAAUUCUGAAGAAGGGACAGAAGACGGCACCAACCGCAGGAAAGCAAGAGACACCAAGAAGGAAUAUUCGCCUCGACAAAGACACCAACCCUUGGAAGGAGAAGGACCAUCUAGAGAUGACCUGUCUCAGAAGCUCGGUGGACUCUCUGGACGUUUGAGCGAGGAACUGGUCAAGCAAGGUCUACUGUCCAAAGACAUGCUGGAGAAGCUUCAGGUCGAGUGGAAGGAGGCCAGUCGGAAGAGUAGGUUGGACUUUGAUAGGGAUGGUUUCAAUGACGGGAGGAGGAGUGAAGGCACUGGAAGGACCGGUAGUAGCACAAAGAGGAAACAGACUAAACAGAAGAAAUGAGGAAGACAUCCAUAAUACCAUUCUUGAUGUGUUAUUGGACUUUAAUUAUGGACAAUUUAUUUACCCUGUAUGCACAAAAUGGGUUGAAUAUGGUAAGCACCGUCUCGGUCAAAUGUAAAGCUAUAUGUAUUCGCAUGCUUGAACGACCAAAUCUUGAUCUCUGAAAGAUUAUACUGCAGUAGCUGUCCAUCUGGUAACUGAGUUUUUAUUAUUUAGAAAAUCCAACCUGUAGAAUUUGUGGUACUAAGUAAGUGCUGGGAAAUAACUUUAAAGGUGAGAUCCAGACAGUGCCAAGUACCUCUCAUUUUGACUAGAAUACAGCCCAAUUUUAAGAUUGAACCCUCAAAAACUGAAUAUAAAUGUAAAGGUGUUCAGCAUGUUUAAAUAGGUAAUGUAAAGGUGUUCAGCAUGUUUAAAUAGGUACAUGUAAUAACCAAUGGAAUUUGAUGAAAUUCACUGAAGUAAGGGUUAUAAUUGUUUAUUAUUUUCAUUUUUUUAGUAGAGGCUAUAUCUAUAUUAUGCACCAGCCCACCAUACCUCAAAAAAAAUAUUUUUAUAGCGCUAUUUCAUACACGUGUUCAGUAUUACUAAUGACUACAAAUUUUGAUGCGUAACUCAAAUAUUCACUUCUUGAGAAAAAAAUGUACCGUAUUCCUUUAAUUUUAUGAAUUAUGCUGUUCAGCAAAUUAAUAAAUCAUGCAACUGAUUACUUUGUA